GGAUUGUUGGUUCCAUCUUCUCCAUCUGGACAGUGUCGCAGAUGUGGAUUACAAAGGAAGAGUACAUGGAGUAGGGUCUUGUUCCUCCAUUGUCCAGAUGAAGUGCUUUUAAACACCAUUACGGCAUACAUGGAGUAGGGUCUUGUUCCUCCAUUGUCCAGAUGAAGUGCUUUUAAACACCAUUACGGCAUUGGGCUUUUCUUUUUCUUGGUGGGUUUCGCAGUUUUACAAUGUUCCCCAGUGUCUGAAUCAAAAGCUGAAGUUUAUGUUUCAUUGUGUUUCGAUUGAGUGCGAAAAGUGCUUAUAUUUUGAGAGCAGUUUUGAAACAGCCAGAAAUCAAAAUUAUUUUCCACAUUUCAACAGUUGAGUGAUGAGGCUGAACAAAUCUGGGCCAUUGAAAUGGAAGUCCACCAGGCCCAGGACUAGGUUGUGUGUAGAUUGCCUACCAAACCAGAAAAAUGGGUUGGUGGCCUCGACCAUUUUCAGCCUUCUCUAUGUAUAUAUUACAUGAAAAUCUGAAUUGGGGGGUAAAGAAGGGGAGCAAUGGCGUCUACAUCAGAGAUUGUUGCCAAGUUGAAUCUGCAGCCUCACCCAGAAGGAGGGUUUUUCUCAGAAACCCUCAGAGACACCUCAGUCAUUCUCCCCAAAUCUAUACUUCCCUCCGAGUAUAAGGUUGAACGCCCUGUCAGUACAUCGAUCUUCUUCUUGCUUCCUUCUGGGAAUAUAUCGUGCCUUCACCGAAUUCCAUGUGCAGAAACCUGGCACUUUUACAUGGGAGAGCCUUUGACGGUAGUGGAACUGAAUGAAAAAGAUGGAAAAGUGAAGCUAACCUGCCUGGGGCCAGAUAUACUUGGAGAUAAUCAGCAACUGCAGUACACGGUGGAGCCGAACGUCUGGUUUGGUGCAUUCCCAACGAAGGACUUAAGCAUUCUGCCAAAUGGGGUGCCGGAAAAAAAUCCAGCAAGGGAUGGGGAGCACCACUACUCUCUUGUGGGAUGCACUUGUGCACCUGCCUUCCAGUUCGAGGAUUUUGAGCUGGGGAAACGAUCUGAGCUCAUAUCACAGUUCCCUGAUAAUGAAUUAUUCGUCUCUUUGCUCACCUAUCCAGAGUGAAUGAAAUCCUGUUUUUGAGACUUACAGGCUUCAUAUGUUUGAUUUCUGUACUUUCUACAUUACCUGAAUCCUUGGGUGGGAAUAUGAACUUUGUGGGGAGAAGCUGGACUGAUGGUCCUAAACCUUAAACCCUAAAUGCUUUUAUGCUUUGUAUUUAAGUGUCAUACAGUCAACAUUCUCCUGAAAUGAAGCUUGCUACAAAUUCAAGUAAAA